AGGACUAGACGCUUACCAAUCCAAUCGGAAUUUUGAGGUGAACUGCUCGUCAUUAAACAACCGGAAGUAAAUCUAUCGAAGAAACUCCCUGUUUUACUGUAUUCAAGGAGUGAAAAAACACAUAAUUUCCACAGGUUUUAAGAUUUAAAGACGACCAUCACCAUGUCGAUGGGAGUGCUCGGGACACUAGCGGUCAAAUGGGAUCCUAAAAACUUGGAAAUAAGAACAUACUCAGUGGAAAAGACAUUGGAGCCACUAGUAAUACAGGUGACGACUCUGGUUAAUACGAAACCAUCGAAUAAGAAGAAAGGACGUUCAAAGAAAGCACGCGUAUUAGUAGCUGCUGUCAAUCAUGCUACCGAGGCUUUCAUUGUAAAAGGAGAGGAGAUAGCCAAUGAAAACCCAGAAGUAAUGGAAGAAAUGCUAAGUGCAGUAGAUGAAGUCCGAAAAGCAGGAGAUGCCAUGCGUCCCGCUGCGUCUGACUUUGCCGAGGAUCCUUGCUCGUCAGUCAAACGUAGCGUGAUGGUACGUGCAGCACGUGCAUUAUUGUCAGCCGUCACACGUCUCUUGAUUCUCGCUGAUAUGGUCGAUGUGCACCUACUGCUAAAGGUCCUUAGAAAUGUUGAAGAUGAUCUUCUGAAGCUGAAGCAGUCCAACAACAUGGAGGAUCUGUUCAACAAUUACCAAAAGCUGGGUCGUGACCUUGUGCAUGCCAACAACAUGAUAGCAAGACGUCAGAACGACCUGAAAGAUCCACGUAGACGUGAUGAGAUGGCCGCUGCCCGAGCUGACCUUAAGCGAGGUGGUCCUAUGCUAUUGACAGCUUCACAGGCCUGGUUGCAACAUCCAGACUUGGCAGCUGCCAAAGACAACCGUGACUACAUCAUUAAGCAGAUGGAGGAAGCCAUGAAUACCAUCUCAAAUGUCAGCCAGGCUCAAGGCGACUCUGCUCCAGAUCCCAACCUAGAAGGAGCAGGUGAACUCAUUUCAGCCAUUGAUGAACUCGAUCGCAAGAUCAUGAUGAACCCAUUGGAGUACAACGAAGUUCGCACACGUCCAUCCCUAGAAGAACGCCUGGAGAGUAUCAUCAGUGGCGCUGCCCUCAUGGCUGAUUCUUCUUGCACACGAGAUGAUCGUAAGGAUCGUAUCGUUCAAGAAUGUAAUGCUGUGCGACAAGCCUUGCAAGAUCUUUUGUCUGAGUAUAUGAAUGCGGCUAAGAGCGGUAAGGAUACAAGAUCAGAACCAUUGGAUGCUGCUAUUGAUCACAUGACUCUGAAGACAAAGGACUUGCGAAGACAGUUGCGCAAGGCUGUGUCGGACCAUGUUUCUGACUCUUUCUUGGAGACCAGCAUUCCUCUGCUGAUCUUAAUUGAAGCAGCCAAGAGCGGCAACGAAGCUGAAGUUGAGGAAUAUGCAGGAGUGUUUGCAGAACAUGCUGGCAAAUUGGUGGAGGUUGCCAAUCUUGCUUGUUCAAUGUCAAAUGAUGAAGAUGGUGUUAAGAUGGUUCGUCUUGCAGCUUAUCAAAUUGAAACACUCUGUGCACAGGUGAUAAAUGCAGCCCGUACACUUGCUGCACGUCCAAGGAGCAAAGCUGCUCUCGGCAACAUGGAAGCUUUCAAACAGCAAUGGGAGUCACAGGUCAAGGUGCUGACCGAAGCCGUUGAUGACAUCACAACUAUUGAUGAUUUCCUUGCUGUAUCAGAGGGACACAUUUUGGAAGACGUUAACAAAUGUGUCGUAGCUCUGCAAGAAGGUGAUGUUGGCACACUUGAUCGUGUUGCCGGUGCUAUCCGAGGACGUUGCUCACGUGUAUGUAAUGUCGUUGAGACUGAGAUGGGCAUGUAUGAAGCUGGCCUGUACACAGAGAAAGUUAAAGAAGCUAUCAAUAUUAUGAGAGAAGAUGUGAUACCAGUCUAUGCACAGUGUGUGGAGUUUGCAGUAGAUGCGUUGAGUUCAGAUCCUCAGAAAGAUCCGGAUGAGAAUGAAUUCAUUGAUGCAUCAAGAAUGGUUUACGAUGGUAUACGUGAUAUUCGUCGUGCAGUGCUCAUGAACAGGAAUCCAGAAGAUAUUGGUGAUGAGUCAGAGAUUGAACAAGAGGAUGAUUAUGAGACAAAGAGCAAAUCAAGCUACCAAACCAAUGAUGAAGAGUUGUUGGAGGAAGGACAUAUUGGUAGAAGCCAAAUGAGACAGCUCCCACAAGAGGAAAGAGAGAAGAUUGAAGAACAAGUUGAAGAGUUUAAGGUUGAGAAGGCAAAGUUGGACCAGGAAAUGGCCAAGUGGGAUGACAGUGGAAAUGACAUCAUCAUAAUUGCCAAGAAGAUGUGCAUGAUAAUGAUGGAGAUGACAGACUUUACUCGGGGUCAUGGUCCUCUGAAGAACACCAUGGACGUUAUCAAAGCAGCCAAGAAGAUUGCAGACUUUGGAAAUAAACUGGACAAUUUAGCACGAGUCAUUGCUGAACAGUGCCCAGACUCCUCGUCCAAGACUGAUCUCACCUCGUACCUCCAGAAGAUCACUCUUUACUGCCAUCAGUUGAAUAUCACCAGCAAAGUGAAAGCCGAAGUACAGAAUGUUAGUGGUGAACUGGUGCUUUCAGGAUUGGACAGUGCUUCAUCCCUGAUCACAGCAGCUAAGAAUCUGAUGACCGCUGUUGUACAGACAGUGAAGGCUUCCUACGUGGCAUCUACUAAAUACAACCGAUUGAAGGGCGCCAAUGCUGUCAAUUCUCCAAUUGUAAGCUGGAAGAUCAGGCCACCAGAGAAGAAACCACUUGUCCAGAGGAAAGGUCUGGAAAACUCACAAUCUAAUGUCCGCCGAGGGUCCAAGAAAACUAAGAUCAACCCGGUCCAGGCGCUAAGUGAAUUCAAGGGUAAAGACAUGUUCUAAGCAACAGGCAUGCUGGGUAGUGGAGUAAACGAACAUUUGACAGAAUGCUCCCAGCAUCACACCAUAUUCCCCGUCCCAUAUAUUCGAUCAAGAAAAUUUACCCAAGAAAAUAUUUGAAUAAAACAUAUCUAAAUUUAGCUCGUAGUUCUGAUACCAUACCAGAAUUCCUUCAAUAUAUUAGUGUAACACAUUUUUGUUCCCCACUCUUCCUAUGUAAAAUGCUUUCGACUGCUCAAUACAAUCUAAUUAAAUUAUGGUGUCGGUGCUUGAGUACAAAGUUAAGGUUAUGAAUGUAUAUUGCAUAUUGACUACAAACAAAAUAUAAUCAAAAGCUUAAGUGUUGUUACUUGGUUUAAGUACAUAAAAUAUACAUACAUAUAUGAAAUGUAGCUGGUAAUUUCGGUUCCAUAUAUGAAGCACAGUUUCUAAUGUGGGUUCCAUAUGUAAAGCAGUUUGCUAAUACUGUAUUUGUUCCAUAUAUGAAGCAGUUUGCUAAUACUGUAUAUGAAGUAUAUGUCACUUCCAUAUAUGAAGCACAGUUACAAAAGUUGGGUCACAUUUGGAACACAAGUGCUUAAUUUGGUUGCGAAUAACAUUUUAAAUCUAGAAUAUUGUAUCAAAAUGAAUUUAAUAGAAGAUAAAUAUUCAGAGUGUUGUCAAUUUAUGACAGUAGUUUACUGGUGAUGGUAACCAGCACAAGACCAUAGGUGGCCCUAUUGUUAUUGCUAAUGCCAGCUGAUGCCAUAAAUUUGAACAAAUAAGAGAUUGGUUGAAUGCAGUUAAUUAUACUGCAUUUUAGUGAUUUAGCAUUAUGGAGAACUAAUACGUUUUAAUUAUUCCAUAAACAGCUUUUAAUGCUAGAUUUAAAGGUGCAAUGCAGGCUUAUUUCCAUCACAAAUAUUUGUAAUAAUUAUUAUGUAGAUGUUCGUGAAUUUUGUAAUUUUUUCCACAUAUAAAGGAAGAAACAGAUGUAAAAGAAAUGUAAUGAAUUGGACAUUCCUCAUGCCUAUUAGAUAAUCCUACAAUUUUUAAUUAUGAAUAAUUUCUACUUUUAAUAAUGAAAUACAUUACAUUCUAAUGUUUAUAUAGUGUAAUUAUGGUUGAGUUUCAUUAAUUUUUUACCAAUUUUGAAAGAAGCUACCUGUAUCAUCUGCAAGAUUAUUUAACUUCAGCUUUACUAGUCUACCAAAGUAUACAGCAAAUAUUGUACCCACAUUUUCUUAAUUUUUGUCAAGUAUUUGUGAAAUAUUGAUUGCACUUAUGAACACCUGAAGCUCAGUUCACACUACAUACAGUACAGUAUUAGGGUUUAUGUGACAAAUUUGUGUGGCAUGUCCAUAUAUGGGAUGAUGAAGUCACAUGACACCCAGAUAUGGGCAUAUCACGGUUAAUUGUCAAAUCUAAUUUGAUAAUGUGGCUUAAGAAUAUUGAGGUAUGUGGAUGAUAUUUGAAUACAAAUAAUAUUUCAAUAAUUAAUUACAUAAAUAACAACAAAUGCCUUGGUUUUUUUUUUUUAUCUAAUUUUAAGAUUUUUGAAAAGAAGUUUGUCUAGGUAGGUAAUAGCAGUUUAGUAUGUUUAACUUAUAUUAAUAAUUUUUUAAUAAUUAUUUUGUUUUGCAAUCAAAAAUAAAUGCUUUACUGUAGUGAGUUGAA